AACCUACUAUCCUUCAAGAAGGAGAUUCUUUAAUUUUACAGUGUAUUUUAGAAGCAGAUCCUUUACCAGAAAUAACCUGGUAUCAUGGAACAAAAAAGAUUACAGAUGGUAAAAGGCAUAUAAUUAAACAGAAAAGUCAAGGAAAUGAUAUGUAUCUCCUGACACUAGAAAUACAGGAUCCAGUUACGGAAGAUGGUGGAAACUAUCGAUGCAAUGCUAUAAAUGAUCUGGGAGAAAGUAAUGCAAACAUUGCUCUUAAUUUCCAAGGUGGUGAUAAGACUGAAGGUUUGGCCCCAGAAUUCUUGGAAAAACCAAGAAUCAUUCCAAAGGAGGGUGGAAAGCUGAUUAUAAUGCAAUGCAAAGUAAAAGCUCAACCUGCACCUAAAAUUACAUGGUACCAGGGAACUAAAGUUGUAAAAGAAACCAAUAGAGUACAAGCAAAAGUAGUUGAAGGUGCUGGUGAUGAAUUUACUGUAUCAUUGGAAGUCAGAGAUCCGUCAAAAGACGAUGGUGGAGCUUAUAAAUGCCAUAUGAUAAAUGAACAUGGUGAAUUGAAUGCCAAUUUAAAUCUUGAUAUCCAAGCUGAGAAACCACCUGCAGGCGAAGCUCCAACUUUUGUUGAAAAACCAAAAAUUACCCCUGAAGAUGGAGGAAAUCGUAUUAUAAUGGAAUGUAAAGUAAGAGCAAGUCCUAAACCAGAUAUAAAAUGGUCUUGUGAUGGUGCAGAAGUCAAAGAAAGCACUCGUAUCAAACAAACUAUCAAACAGGAUAAAGAUGUUUAUCAUAUUAAACUGGAAUUAAGGAACUUAGAAUUUACUGAUGCUGGCUUAUAUAAAUGCAAUGUUAAAAAUGUGCAUGGUGAAAGCAAUGCAAACCUCACUCUAAAUAUUGAAUUGGCUCCAGUGAUCAAAGAAAAGCCUAAAAUUAUUCGAAAGGAAAUACAUAAGAAAGUUGUUAUUGAAUGCAGAGUUGCUUCAGUUGCAAAACCAAAAUGUACCUGGUUUAAAGAGAGCUCUACAAUUAAGGAGAGUACUAAGCACACGGUUCGAAUUACUGAAAUCAGCAAAGGUGAAUUUGCUGUUGCAUUGGAAAUUGACAAGCCUACUGGAGAAGAUAAAGGAAACUACAAAAUGGUUGCUAAAAAUGAAAAAGGAGAAAUCACUUCAACAGCUGUACAAGUUGAUAUAGAAGAAGAGAAAAAAGAAGAGAAAAAAAAGCCAGCUGGAGAAAAACCAAAAGUUGUGCAAGAAUUGAAGUCAAUUACAGUAGAAGAGGGAAAAAGUGCAGAAUUCAUUUGCAAAAUUGAAUCCAAAAGUAAAACAACUGUUACUUGGUACAAAGGGACUCAGAUUAUCAAAGAAUCAAAGGAAUUUAAAAUGAGUUUUGAUAGUACGACUGCCUCUUUGACCAUUUCUCAGACAACAACUUCUUCAUCUGGUAGCUACAAAGUUGAGUUUACCAAUGAAUUUGGUAAAGCAGAAAGUUCAGCUCAACUGACAGUUCAAGAGAAGAAAAAAGUUGAAGAAAAGAAAGAGGAAAAGAAAGAAGAAAAGAAGGUAGAGAAAAAGGAAGAAAAGAAAGAAGUAAAGGUGGAGAAAAAAGAAGUAAAAGUGGAAAAGAAGGAAGAGAAGAAGGAGUUGAAAGUAGAAAAGAAGGAAACAAAAAUAGAAAAGAAAGAGACAAAAGUGGAAAAGAAAGAAACAAAAGUGGAAAAGAAGGAGGAAAAGAAAACAUCAAAGGUUGAAGAAAAGAAGAUUGCUGCUGUUCCUCAAAUUUCUGUUGAGGAGACGAAAGAAGCACCUAAAGGAAAAGGCCCUCAAGUACCCGUUUUAAUCAAAGAACCAUCUCCCGAACCUGGAUCUCGAAAGGCAUCUACAGAUAAAGGAAUUGUUGUUGAUGAAACAGGAAAAACGAAGAAACUUCGUCCUGGUGAAGUGUUAGAAAUACCAACUCAGAAGAGAAGAAAGAGUAUUGAUACCAGACGAAUCAGUGUGUCAGAACUCCAGGAGAUGAUUGAUAAACCAUGCACCCCUUUGAAACCUGUACCAGAAACUGAAAAAUGUGCACCAUCCAUUUUAGAUUUCCAGCAAAAUUACUCUGCUGUUGAAGGUGCAACUGCUUAUUUAUCAUUCCAAGUUGAAGGCAAUCCAGCUCCAAAAUUCCAUUUCUAUAAAGGAGUUUCAGAAAUUUUUGAAGGUGGCCGAUAUAAAAUAUUUACAGACGGAAAAACUAAUACUGUAGCUUUGUGCAUUAGGAAAUCAAAAGCUCAAGAUGAAGGCAAAUACAAAAUCGUUGCUUACAAUGAAGUUGGAGAAGAUUCACAGGAAGUUGGUCUUUUCGUUAGUGAUGAAAGUGGUAUGGAUUUCCGAGCUAUGUUGAAAAAGAGACAAUAUGCAAAAUGGAAGGAAGAACAAGAAAAUCCUGACUAUAAUCUUAAACCUCCAGAAAAAGAGAGGAGGCCAUCACUGCGUGAGACAAAGAACGGUGAACGCAGGGGAUCACGUGAAAGCCGUCGGCCAUCUUUAGCUGAAUUGAUUCCUGAUUGGCCAACUCUGCAGAAGGUCGUCAGAGACUCUGAGAAAAAAGAUGAAUUUGUCAAACCACUUGUUGAUGUUCGUGCAAAGGAAGGCAAAGAUAAGAAAGUGCGGCUAGAGGCCGUAUUUUCAAAAUUGAAUGUGAAAGCAAGAUGGUACAAAGGAAAAGAAGAACUUUUCUUGGGUAAAAAAUAUCACAUGCAAAGUGAAGGAGAUUUGCAUGUGCUGAUUAUCAACAAUCCAGUGGAGGAAGACUCUGGCCGAUAUAAACUUGAAUGCAUGGGCAUCAGCACUUCCUGUAUUGUAGAAGUUGAUGAACCUGAUCCAGUUUAUAAAUUCACUAAAAAGCUCAAUGAAACAACCGAAGCUUAUACAACAAAGGAUGUAGUCCUAGAGUGUGCUGUGAAUGAUUAUAAGGCUAUUGUUCAUUGGUACAAAGAUGGACAGAAAAUUGAGGCCUCUGAUAAAUAUGUGAUUGAAGCCGAUCCUCUUGGACGUAAGCUUCUGAAGAUCGUAGGUCUGAGCCUUAAUGACUCUGGACAAUAUUUGUGCAAAAUAAAUGCAGAAGAAAAAACAGAGACAAAAUUGAUCGUUACAGAUCAACAGUUUAAAUUUACAAAGCCUUUGAAAAGCAUAAAAGUAACUGAAAAUACUGAAGCAGUUCUUGAGUGCGAGUUGGAUGACUGGGAAGGAAAAGUGACAUGGUUUAAAGGAGACAAGGAAUUGAAAGCUGAUCCUAUAAUUGAGCAAGUUGCACAAAUUCGUCGCAGAAAACUGGUAUUCAAAGGAGUUAGGCUUACUGAUGAAGGCAAAUAUACCUGCAAAUCAAAUGCUGAUAGUACAGUGUGUGAGAUGAUUGUUGAACCUGCAAAUAAGAUUGUGAAGAAACUUAAAGAUUGCACCUUACUUGAAAGAGAAAAAGGAGUAUUGGAAGUCGAAAUGUUAGACAAGAAAGCUCCAGUUGAAUGGUUUAAAAAUGGGGAAAAAAUAACUCCAACUGACAGAAUUGCUAUCAAGAUGUAUGAUGAUGGAAAACACCAUUUAAUCUUCAAAAAUUUGGAAUUAGAGGAUGCAGGCGAAUAUUCAUGCCAAGCAAAAGAUCUGAAAACUUCUUGCAAGCUUACUGUAGAAAAGGCUGAAAGAGCUCCUCUCAUUAAGUUGGAUAAGUUUGCUUUUGAAGCAGAUAGUGGAAAGCCAUUUACCAUUGAAGUUCCAUAUGAAAUUGUAGGAACAAGGACAACAAAACCCGUUGCCAAAUUGACACGCAAUGGACAGCCAGUGACUCCAAAAGAGAUAGAUAUUGUGAUAAAAGAUGAAAAAGUUCUUAUUACCUUUAGAAAGGCUGUGAGGGGCAGUUCAGCAAAAUAUGGAUUCUCACUAACAAAUUCUCAAGGAGAAGCAACUUGUGAUCUUGAUCUUAAUGUAUUAGAUGUACCAACACCACCAGAAGGACCUUUGGAAGUAUUUGAUGUUUACAGGGAUAGGUGCAAACUUUCUUGGAAACCAUGUAAAGACACAGGUGGCAUACCUCUUACGCAUUAUCUUGUUGAAAGACAGGAUCUUGGUGCUAGAGGAGGAUGGGCUGAAGUGGGGACUACACAAGAUACAAAGUUUGAUGUGACAGAUCUUACACCCAAAAAGGAAUACAAAUUUAGAAUUCGGGCUAUCAAUGUAAAAGGAUCAUCUCAACCUCUUGUUGCUCCUAAAACAACAUUUGCUAAGGAUCCAUAUGAUGAACCAUCAAAGCCAGGUAAUGUGGAAAUUGAAGAUUGGGAUGUUGGUAGGGUGGACAUCAAAUGGUCAAAACCAGAAAGUGAUGGUGGAGCCCCUAUAACUAGCUAUAUUGUUGAAUAUAAGGACAAAUUCUCUGGUGAAUGGACUACUGGGCCUGAAGUUGGUCCUGAUGAAUUGAAAUGUCGUGUAGAUGGAUUAAAAGAAGGAGUACAGUAUCAAUUCCGCGUGAAAGCUGUUAACAAAGCUGGACCAGGAGAACCUAGUGAUCCUUCGAAACCUGUGAUUGCUAAAGCUAGAUAUGUGAAACCUUACAUCAUUGGCGAUGAAGUUAAAGGCAUGAUCAUUAAGAAAGGUCAGAUGAUUAAGUUUGAAAUCCAGUUUGGAGGUGAACCCCCUCCAACUGUAAAAUGGUCCAAAGAUCUGAAGGAAUUAGAUGUUUCUAAAAAGAUUUCUAUUGAUAAUACCACAAAAGAGACCACAUUUAUUCUCAAAGGUGCUGAACGUGCAGAUAGUGGAAAAUAUACAUUGACUCUUUCAAAUAGUUCAGGAUCAUGUGCUUCUUGGGGUGAUGUUAUCGUUUUAGAUAAACCAACUGCCCCGCGUGGCCCAUUAAAAGCUGAAGAAGUAAGAGCUGAUCACGUGAAACUAAAGUGGAAUCCACCAGAUGACAAUGGUGGUCAGGAACUGAAAGGCUAUGUCAUUGAAAAGAUGGACACUGAUACUGGUCGAUGGGUGCCAGCAGGUGAAGUUGGACCUCAUGAAAACAAUUUCACUGUUGAUGGCUUAACACCAAAGAAGAAAUACAAAUUUAGAGUUAAAGCUAUCAAUAAGGAUGGAGAAUCACCUGCUUUAGUUACAGAAGAGCCAAUUGAAGCUAAAAAUCCAUAUGAUGAGCCUGGAAAACCACCUAAGCCAGAAAUUGUUGACUAUGAUAACACCAAAGUAGAGUUGAAAUGGGUACCACCAGAUAACGAUGGUGGUAGACCUAUCUUGCAUUAUAUUAUUGAAAUGAAAGAUAAAUUCAGUGUUGCUUGGUCGCAAGUAUUGAAAACAGAAGACAAUAAGUGCCGUGGUACCGUUGAAGGACUCAAAGAGAAUUCUGUAGUUCAGUUCAGAGUGAGAGCUGUGAAUAAAGCUGGCAUUGGAGAGCCCAGUGAUCCUACUGCUAAUCAUACAGUUAAACAUAGAAAUUUGAAGCCAUAUAUUGAUCGAACAAACCUAAAAGCCCAGAUGAUCAAAGUCGGUCGGUCAAUCAAAUUCGAUGUUGAUAUUAGAGGAGAGCCAGCACCAGAAGUUGUUUGGUCUUUUGCUGAUCAUAAAGUAACACAAGAUGAGCAUAUCAAAAUUGAAAAUAGAGACUAUCACAGUGAUUUCAACAUCAUCAAGGCAAAAAGAAAGCAUUCAGGAAAAUACACAAUCACUGCUACUAAUGCUUCUGGAAAAGAUAUGGUCCAUGUUGAUGUGACUAUUCUAGGCAAGCCAUCUAAACCAGAAGGACCACUGGAGAUUACCGAUAUUCACAAAGAAGGUUGUAAACUAAAAUGGAACAAACCAAAAGAUGAUGGUGGAGCUCCUAUUCAACAGUACGAAGUUGAAAAGUUUGAUAAAGAAACUGGAAGAUGGACACGUGUUGGAAAAGUUUCGGGUGAAAAGCCUGAGAUGGAUGUAACUGGCCUUACACCUGGAAAAGAAUACCUCUUCAGGGUAUCUGCCAUAAACGAAGAAGGCGAAUCAGAACCACUUGAGGCUCUGAAGCCAAUUAUUGCCAAGAAUCCAUUUGAUGAGCCUGGUAAACCUGGAGUUCCAGACUUUGUGGAUUGGGAUAAUGCUAGCGUUGAUUUGAAAUGGGAGCCUCCAAAGAGUGACGGAGGUUCUCCAAUCACAAAGUACAUCAUUGAAAAAAAGGAAAAAUUCUGCUUGUCAUGGGAGAAGGCAGCAGAAGUGUCUGGUGAUAAGCCCGAAGCUAAAGUUACUAAUUUGAAGGAACGAGCUGAAUACCAAUUUCGGGUCAUUGCAGUUAAUGCUGCUGGUCCUGGCGAACCAAGUGAAGCUACAAAGCAUCAUCUGGUGAAACAUCGAAAACUUAAACCGCAUAUUGAUCGAACGAACCUUGAAACGACAACUCUUCGAAAAGGAAAAUCGCUUAAACUGGAUGUUAACAUUAGAGGUGAACCUCCUCCAACAGUUAAAUGGAUUUUAAAAGACAAGGUUGUUGAAAAUUCAGAACAUAGAGAAAUUCAAAAUGUUGAUUACAAUACAAAGCUGAUCAUUCACAGUGCCCAAAGAAAAUAUUCUGGUGUCUACAAAAUUAUUGCUGAAAAUGAGCAUGGAAAAGAUGAAGCUGAAGUGGAAAUAAAUAUAUUAGGUGCUCCUUCCAAGCCUAAAGGUCCUCUUGAAGUCAGUGAUGUUCAUGCUAAAGGUUGUAAAUUGAAAUGGCAGCCUCCUGAGGAUGACGGUGGCAAGCCAAUACAUCAUUACCAAGUGGAAAAAAUGGACACUGCUACUGGUAACUGGGUUCCUGUUGGAAGAGCUGAAAAUGAUAAACCAGAGUUAGAUGUACCUGGCCUUAUACCUGGAAAAGAAUAUCAAUUCCGAGUUAAAGCCGUAAAUGCUGAGGGAGAAUCUGAACCUUUGGUUACAGAUAAACCUAUUAUUGCCAAGAAUCCUUAUGAGGCUGCAAGUGCUCCUGGAAUACCUGAAAUUGUGGACUGGGAUGAAAAUAUGGUUGAUUUGAAAUGGCAACCUCCUAAAAAUGAUGGUGGUGCUCCCAUCACAGGUUAUGUCAUUGAAAAGAAGGAACGAUUUGGAACUGUCUGGGAUACUUGUGCAGAAAUUCCAGGGGGAAAACCUGAAGGAAAAGUUACCGGUCUUAUUAAAGGACAUCAAUACGAAUUCCGAGUUAAAGCUAUUAACAAAGCUGGGGAGGGUGAACCCAGUGAACCAACUAAACCACACACUGCUAAAGCUCGUAAUUUGGCUCCAAAGAUCAAUCGGGCUAACCUACAAGAUAUCAACAUUAGAUCUGGACAUUCUAUUAAACUAGAUAUUGAAGUGGAAGGUGAACCUCCACCGACUAUCACUUGGAUUUUGAAAGACAAUCCUGUUGAACUUGAUGACGUUGUUCAAUAUAAUAGUGAAGAUUAUGCAACUCAUAUAAAAUUCACUAAUCUUACUCGAAGAUAUACUGGAAAAUAUAUGAUUAGAGCUGUUAAUAAAUCUGGCCGGGAUGAAGCAUUCCUUAACCUCAAUGUUUUAUCAAAACCAUCCAGACCAGAAGGACCUUUAGAAAUUGAAGAUGUUAAUGCUAAAGGCUGCAAACUAAAAUGGCAACCUCCAAAAGAUGAUGGUGGUACUCCUCUUGAAGGUUAUCAAGUGGAGAAACAAGAUGUUUUAACUGGACGUUGGAUUCCAGUUGGUAAAGUGGGCAAGGAUGAGACAGAAAUUCCUGUCACUGGUUUAGAAGAAGGAAAGAAAUACCAUUUCAGAGUAAAGGCUAUUAAUAAUGAAGGAGAAUCAGAGCCUCUGGAAUCAGAUAGAUCAACACUUGCCAAGAAUCCAUUUGACAAACCAGGAACCCCAGGAGUACCUGAGAUUGCUGAUUAUGACAAGGAUUUCGUUCAACUCAAGUGGGAGAAACCUGCCAAAGAUGGAAAUGCUCCUAUUACUAGCUACAUCAUUGAGAAGAAAGAUAAAAUCUCUGGAGACUGGGUUAAAGCUGCUGAAGUGACAGGAUGUGAAGGAAAAGUUGGAGGUCUAAUUGAAGGACAGAAAUAUGAAUUUAGAGUAAGGGCUGUUAACAAAGCAGGACCUGGAGAGCCUAGUGAAGCCACACCGCCACAUCUUGCCAAACCUAAAUUCUUGAAACCACGUAUUGAUAGAACAAAUCUCAAGAGUAUGUCUAUAAAAAUAGGACAGACAGUCAACUUGGACAUUAAUGUCAUUGGUGAACCUCCGCCGGAAAUUGUCUGGCAGUUGAAUGAUGUAGAUGUAAAAGCAUCAGAAACAAUACGAAUUGACAAUUCAGAUUAUAAUACAAAAUUCUAUCUUUUACGAGCAACACGCAAAGAAAGUGGAAUUUACACUAUCACUGCCACUAAUAAAGUGGGAAAAGAUACAGCCCAAGUGGAAAUCAAUGUCUUAGGCAAACCAAGCAAGCCAAAGGGUCCAAUAGACGUUUCAGAUGUGCACAAGGAGGGAUGCACUCUGAAAUGGGGUGAGCCUGAAGACGAUGGAGGUUGCCCAAUUGAAUACUAUGAAGUGGAAAAAAUGGAUGAAGAUACUGGUGUUUGGGUUCCAGCUGGAAAAUCUCCUACACCAAAAUGUGAUGUAACAAAUCUUACUCCUGGUAAAAAAUAUAAGUUCCGUGUGAGAGCUGUUAAUAAAGAAGGAGACUCAGAAGAACUGGAAACAGAUGGUUCAACUCUUGCAAAGAAUCCAUUUGAUGAGCCAUCUAAGCCUGGCAGACCAGAACCAACUGAUUGGGAUGUUGAUCAUGUUGAUCUUCAAUGGGCACCUCCUGCCAGUGAUGGUGGAGCUCCUGUUACCAAAUACAUUAUUGAAAAGAGGAAGAAAGGGGCUCAGAAAUGGCACAAGGCGAAGGAAAUCCCCGGAGAUAAAUGUGCUGGAACUGUUGGUGACCUAGAAGAAGGGGAAGAAUAUGAGUUCAGGGUUAUUGCUGUAAACAAAGGUGGAAAGAGUGAGCCAAGUGACUCUUCAAGGCCUGUGAUUGCUAAGCCAAAGAACUUGGCACCAAAAAUAGACCGUAAGAAUUUGAACCCACUCACAGUAAGAAGUGGACAAGCAGUAAAAUUAGAUAUUGAUGUAAAGGGUGAACCAACACCAACCAUCACAUGGACAAUUGAUGGCAAACCAUUGCCUGACUCAGCCAGAAUCAAGCCCCAGAUUGAACCUUACCAUACUGUGUUUGUUAUCACCAAAGCCCUUCGCAAAGAUACGAACAAGUAUACUAUAACAGCUAAAAACAUCAAUGGUACUGAUGAAGCAAUACUUGACUUGAAAGUACUAGGCAAACCUAGCAAGCCUAAAGGCCCACUCAAAGUAGCUGAUGUUCAUGCAGAAGGCUGUAAACUUUCCUGGGAUCCACCAGAAGAUGACGGAGGUGAACCAGUACAACAGUACGUUGUUGAAAAAAUGGAUACUGAAACAGGUCGAUGGGUACCUGUAUUAACAACCAAAGAUCCUGAAGCUGAAAUUACUGGUCUGAUACCAGGCAAGGACUAUAAAUUCAGAGUUAAGGCAGUGAAUCUUGAAGGAGAAUCAGAACCUUUAGAAACAGAAAAAGCUACAACUGCCAAAAAUCCUUUUGAUGAACCAGGACAGCCUGGAAAACCAACAGCAAAAGACUGGGAUAAGCACCAUGUUGAUCUGACUUGGGCACCUCCAUUUAGUGAUGGAGGCUCUCCAAUCACUAGCUAUAUUAUUGAAAAGAAAGACAAAUUCAGUAGCAAAUGGCAGAAAGCUGUGGAAAUUAUUGGUGAUGCGUGCGAAGCAAGAGUUCCAGAUUUAAUUGAAGGCAUGGAAUAUAAUUUCAGAGUGAGAGCUGUUAAUAAAGCUGGCCCUGGUGAACCAAGUGUAGCCAGUGAUACUAUCACUGCUAAAGUUCGUUUCUUGGCACCUAAAAUUGACAGAAGCACAAUCAAGGAUGUCGUCAUUCAUGCUAGUCAGAGCAUUAAAUUUGACGUUAAGAUCAUUGGUGAACCACCUCCGAAGAAAACAUGGAUGAUUGGUAACAUCACUUUGAAAGAUGGUGGAAAGAUUAAUACAGAAAAUGAGCCAUAUCGCACAAAAUUAAGUAUUAUUAACUGUGAUAAGACAGACACUGGAACUUAUAUAAUUAAGGCUGAAAACAGUGUUGGUUCAGAUGAAGCUACAAUUGAACUAAUGGUAUUAGAUCGACCUGGCGCACCUCAAGGCCCACUUGAAAUAUCGGAUGUGCAUGCUGAAGGAUGCAAGCUGAAAUGGAAUCCACCAGAAGAAGAUGGUGGUGUGCCUGUGGAGCACUAUGCUGUUGAAAAGAUGGAUACAGCCACUGGACGUUGGGUACCUGUUGGCAGAAGUCUAGGACCUGAAAUUGAAGUUGGAAAUCUGGAACCUGGCCAUGAAUAUAAGUUCCGAGUUAAAGCAGUGAAUGCUGAAGGAGAAUCAGAUCCAUUAGAUGCUUUUGAACCAGUCAUUGCCAAAAAUCCCUUUGAUCCUCCGAGUCAGCCUAAUGUGCCUGAGGUUAAAGACUGGGAUAAAGAUAUGGUGCAACUGGAAUGGACAGCUCCAACUAAAGAUGGUGGUGCACCAAUCACUGGUUACGUCAUUGAGAAAAAACGUAAAGGUUCAACUCAAUGGACAAAAGGUGCCUCUGUUGAUGGUGAUGCUCGUUCUGCAAAAGUCAAGGGACUUGAGAAUGGGGAAACUUAUCAGUUCCGUUUAAUUGCUGUCAAUGUCGCUGGUCCUAGCGAGCCAAGCGAAGCCACAAAACCUGUACUUGUAAAACCAAGAAAAUUGGCUCCAAGAAUCGAUCGACGAAACUUGAAUCCAAUCACCAUCAAGGCUGGACAAGCUUUCGAUUUUGAUGUCAAAAUUAUAGGAGAACCCCCUCCAUCUGUUCGUUGGGUAUUAAAAGACAAACCAGUUGGAGAACGAUUGGACUUGACCAUAACAAACAUUCCAUAUAAUUCAAAACUUGUCUGUGAUAAGGCCCAAAGAGGUGAUGCUGGUUUCUACCGCAUUAUUGCAAACAAUGCCCAUGGAGAAGACAUUGCAGAAGUUGAAGUAUCUGUUCUUGCCAAACCUGCUAAACCAGAAGGCCCUCUCAUUGUAUCUGAUGUUCAUAAACAUGGCUGCAAACUUAAGUGGAACAAACCAAAAGAUGAUGGAGGUGAACCAUUAGAAGGUUACAUUAUUGAAAAAGAAGAUCCAGAAACUGGUUUAUGGAUACCAGUUGCUAAAACACAUAUUCCAGAAGGAGAAGUUACUGGUCUGACACCAGGAAAAUCAUACAAAUUCAGAGUUAAGGCUGUUAAUAAGGAAGGAGAAUCAGAACCUCUGGAAACUUUCGCACCUGUUGUUGCUAAAGAUCCAUAUGAUCCACCAGGUGCACCUAGUACUCCAGAACCAACUGACUGGAAUAAGGACCAUGUUGAUUUAGCUUGGAAGCCUCCAGAGUCUGAUGGUGGUUCUGCUAUUAACCACUAUAUCAUUGAGAAACGAGAGAAGGGCUCUCCUAAGUGGGAAAAAGCAGCUGAGGUUCCAGGAGAUCAAACUAAAGGUACCGCUCCCUUCCUCAUCGAAGGAAAGGAUUAUGAGUUCCGAGUAAUAGCUGUUAACAAGGCUGGACCAGGAGAACCUAGUGAAGCCUCGAGGACUGUGACAGCUAAGCCACGAUUUUUGGCUCCACAAAUUGACAGGAGGAAUCUUAAUGACAUUACAAUUAAGGCUGGACAAACAAUUAAAUUUGAUGUCAAUAUAAUUGGCGAACCUCCUCCGACUAAGAUCUGGACAAUAAAUGACAUUGAAAUCAAGCCGUCUGAAGACAGAAUUAUUUUGACCAACGAAGAUUAUAACACAAAAUUAGUUAUAAGAAGAGCCACAAGAGCUGAGAGUGGAAAGUUCAUCAUUACUGCUACUAACAGUUCAGGAAGAGAUAGUGCAAAUGUUAUUGUCAAUGUACAAGACAAACCAGCUGCACCAGAAGGUCCUCUUGCUGUGUCAGAUGUGCACAAAGAAGGCUGUAAGUUGAAAUGGAAAAGACCAAAGGACGAUGGAGGUGUACCUCUGGAAGGUUAUUUGGUUGAGAAGAUGGACGAAGAAACAGGAAAAUGGGUUCCUGUUGGAAAAACAAAAGAUCCUGCUAUGGAAGUUACUGGUUUAACUCCUGGGAAGAAAUACAAGUUCCGUGUCCGUGCAUUAAACAAAGAAGGUGAAUCUGAACCACUGGAAACAACUGACUCCAUAGUAGCAAAGAAUCCAUUUGAUGAACCUGGAAAACCAGGUGAUCUGAAGGUUACUGAUUGGGACAAGGACCACAUUGACCUUAAGUGGACAGCUCCUGAAAGUGAUGGUGGAUCUCCCAUUACUGGUUACUUAAUAGAAGUUAAAGACAAAUUGGGAAAUUGGGAAAAGGCUAUUGAGGUUCCAGCUGAUCAGACUACAGCAUCAGUUUCUGAUUUAGUGCAAGGUCAAGCUUAUGAAUUCCGUGUAAAAGCUGUCAAUAAAGCUGGUCCUGGUGAGCCAAGUAAUGAAACACCACCAUGUAUUGCCAAACCCAGGAGAUUGGCACCCAAAAUCGAUCGUUCCACCCUAAAUAAGGUCCGAGUGAAAGCUGGCCAUUCCUUCAACUUCACAGCAAAUGUUAUUGGUGAACCUCCACCGACAAUGACUUGGUCAUUAAGGGGAAGUGUUUUGGAAGCAGACAGUCGUAUUAAAAUCAUCAAUGAAGAAUACAGCACUAAGAUCGUUGUGCGCAAGUGUAGGAGGGAUGACAAUGGAACUUACACUCUUGUAGCUGAAAAUGAAUAUGGCAAAGAUGAAGCAGAAGUGGAAGCGCUUGUUUUAGAUAAACCAUCUCCACCUGGUGGACCACUAAAGGUUGAAGAUGUGACUGCUGAAGGCUGCAAUUUAUCUUGGAAACCACCAUCUGAUGACGGUGGUCUACCUGUUGAGAAUUAUGUUGUAGAAAAAAUGGAUCCUGUAACAGGUGUUUGGACUCCAGUUGGUGAAACUAUUGGUCCAGAAACAUCCAUGAAGGUGAAAGGCCUAAUACCCGGAAAGAGUUACAAAUUCAGAGUACGUGCUGCCAAUAGACAGGGAGAGUCAGAACCACUAGAAGCAGAUAAAACAAUUGUUGCUAAGAAUCCUUUCGAUGAGCCUGGAAAGCCUGGUACACCUGAAAUUGAAGAUUAUGACAGGGACUUUGUCAAAUUGAAAUGGACUGCUCCUGAAUCAGAUGGAGGAUCACCAAUUACUGGAUAUAUUAUUGAAAAGAAGGAUAAAUUAAGUCCUGAUUGGUCUGCAGUUCAAGAAGUACCUGCCGAUCAAACAACCGCUACAGUGAGAGAUCUAAUUGAGAAUGGAACUUACGAAUUCCGUAUAAGGGCAGUUAAUAAGGGAGGUCAAGGAGAACCAAGUGAUUCAACUGGACCACAUAUUGCUAAGCCUAAGAACUUGGCACCCCAUAUUGAUCGCAAUGCUAUGAUCAAUAUCAGGCUAAAAGCUGGCAAGAGCUUUGAAUUAAAUGUCCCAGUGUCUGGUGAACCUCCUCCAAAGAAGACAUGGUCUUUGAAUAACCGUGCAGCAAUGGAUGACUUAAGGUGGUAUAUUACUAAUGAAGAUUACAGGACCAUUGUUAAAGUUAAGAAAGCGCUCAGAGAAGAUUCCGGAACUCUGGUAUUGACAGCAACAAAUUCAAAUGGCUCUGAUUCUGCUAAAAUUUCCAUAGUAAUCUUAGAUGUACCUUUGGCACCCAGAAACUUAACUGUUGAUGAAGUCACUAAGGAAAGUUGUACUAUCCGAUGGAAUCCUCCGGAGGAUGAUGGUGGUAGCGAUAUACAGCAUUAUACCGUAGAAAAGAAAGACAUGGAAACUGGCCGCUGGGUUCAUGUGGAUGAAACUGUUAAUACAUUCCUGCAUACUGAUAAACUGAUUGAAAUGCAUCAAUAUCUAUUCCGUGUAAAGGCUGUUAACAGGGAAGGAAGCUCUCAAUGGGCUAUGAUCAGGGAAGCUAUUAUAGCUAAGAAUCCAUUUGAUCCUCCAGAAAAACCAACUACACCAGUUGCUACCGAUUGGGAUUCUCAUUUCAUUGAGCUUGAAUGGCGACCACCCAAGAAAGAUGGUGGUUCUCCUGUGACAAGUUAUGUAAUUGAAAAGCGUCUCAAAGGUAGUCCCUUGUGGGAUGAGGCUGCAAGAGUUGCUGGGGAAGUAACCAAAGCAAAGAUUUCUGAUUUAACAGAAGGAGAAGAAUAUGAAUUCCGUCUAAUAGCUAUUAAUAAGGCUGGACCUAGUGAACCCAGUGAUCCUACUCAACCCAUAACUGCCAAACCACGAUUCUUGGCCCCAAUUGUUGAUCGACUUACGUUAUUGGACCAGAGAGUGCGUGCAGGAAGGCCAAUUACUUAUGAAGUUGCCAUCAAAGGAGAGCCUCCUCCGAUUGCUUCAUGGUCAAUUAAUGAUAAGCCAGUAAUUGGAAAUCCAAGAGUUGAUGUACGUACAACUCCAACAAUGUGCUUCUUUGAGAUUUUGAUAUCAGUUCGUUCUGAUACUGGAAAAUACACUCUGAAUUUAGAAAAUACCUCAGGAAGGCUGUCUACAUCUGCUACUGUAACAGUUUUAGAUCGCCCAUCUCCCCCUCAGGGACCACUGGAGGUUAGUGAAGUGACAAAAGAAUCAGCAGUAUUGACAUGGAAAGCUCCAAAAGACGAUGGAGGCUCUCUUAUUAAACAUUAUAUAGUGGAAAAAAUGGAUGCUUCUCGAGCAACUUGGAUGGAAGCUGGCACAACAACUUCACUCAGCCUAAAAGUAUCCAAUUUGGUUCACCACAAGACAUAUCAGUUCAGAGUCAUUGCUGUCAAUGAAAUUGGUGAUUCUGAUCCUUUGGAGAGAGAAGAUGGAGUUGUGGCUAAAGAUCCUUUUGAACCACCUAGUAAUCCUGGAAAACCUGAAGCAACUGACUGGGGCAGUGACUUUAUUGAACUUUCAUGGACACCACCUAAAGAAGAUGGUGGCUCUCCAGUUUCUGGUUAUAUUAUUCAAAAGAAAGUCAGGGGCUCUAACUUGUGGGAGAAAGGCACUGAGAUUGUUGGUAAUGAAUGCAAAGGCAAAGUGCCUUAUUUGAUUGAAGGCCAAGACUAUGAAUUUAGAGUUAUUGCACUGAAUAAAGGUGGAGAAAGUCAGCCAAGUGAGCCAUCAGAAUUGAUAACAGCUAGACCAAGAUUCUUGGCUCCUAAGAUUGUGACACCUAUGAAAGAUAUGGAAGUAAAAAGUGGAGAUAUUCUUCACAUUGAAAUCAAAUUUGUUGGUGCACCUACACCAGAAAUUACUUGGACUAUAGAUGAUAAAGUUUUGGAAUCUGACAAGAGAGUAACAAUUUCUAAUUAUGAAAAUUACACCCUCAUUCAUAUUAUCAAUGCUAAACGAGUAGAUAGUGGCUGCUAUUGUUUGAAACUGAAAAAUGAUUCUGGCAGUGAUGAAGGAACUAUGAAAGUUACUGUUCUUGGCAAGCCCAGUGCUCCGGAAGGACCAUUGGAUGUCAAAGAUAUACAAAAAGAUAGUGUGACUUUGUCAUGGAAUCCUCCAAAAGAUGAUGGUGGCAGUGAUAUCAUAUCUUAUGUUAUUGAAAAGCGUGAUAUAACUCAUAAAGGUCCAUGGGUACCAGCUGUUACUAUUCCUGCAAAGGAUACCACUGGUGUUGUUCCAAAACUUGUUGAAAAUACAAACUAUGAAUUCAGAGUAAAAGCUAAAAAUGCACAAGGCCUUUCUUCUCCUCUUACAACAGAUAGACUUGUCUUAGUCAAGAAUCCAUUCAGACCACCAAGUGAACCUGGAGCACCAGAACCUGUUGAUCACGACCGCGAUUUCAUUAAAAUCAGCUGGUCACCACCACUUAAAGAUGGUGGUUCUGCUAUAUUAGGCUAUGAUGUAGAAAGGAGAGAUACGAAGUUGAACAGAUGGGCGCAAGUCAAUAGAGGAUUAGUAAAGGGACCACAAUUUACAGACAAUACUGUUACUGAUGGUCAUGUGUAUGAAUACCGCGUAAUUGCACACAAUGUUGCUGGUUCCAGUGAGCCUAGCGCUGCUUCUAAACCUAUUGCUGCUAAGCCUAUGAAAGAAAAGCCAAAACUUCACUUGGAUGGAUUGUAUGGUAAAUUAAUUCGUGUUAGAGCAGGAGAACCUGUUUACAUCAAUAUCCCACUGACUGGUUCACCUAUGCCAACUAUUCGCUGGACUUUCAAUACACAACAUCUUCAAGAUACACCUCAUACCAGACAAGAAACUGGGGAUGAAUUUGUAAAAUUGACCAUUCCUAAAUCGGAAAGAUCUGACAGUGGAUUGUAUACUAUUACUGCCAAAAACGCCUAUGGAGAAGAUUCUGGUGAAAUCACACUAUUAGUAUAUGAUAAACCUGGUAUGCCAAAAGGACCCUUGGAGGCAGCAGAGGUAACGAAUAGUUCAGUCACAUUGAAAUGGCAUAAACCUGAAGAUGAUGGUGGAUCUGAACUGACAGGUUAUAUUGUUGAAAAAUGUGAGAUUGGAACUGAUAAGUGGUUGCCUUGUGGUGGCUACUGUCCAUAUCCAACAUUUACUGUAAAGGGAUUGGAUGAAGGAAAACAGUAUAGGUUUAGGGUGCGUGCAGAAAACAUCUAUGGUAUUAGUGAUGCUCUUGAAAGCAAACCAAUUACUGCUAAAAAUCCAUUUGAUCCUCCUGAUCCACCAAGUCAGCCAAAAGUUUUGGAUCAUGGGCCUACAUUUGUUUCUCUGGCAUGGGAUCCACCUGCACAUGAUGGUGGAAAACCUGUCACAGGUUAUCUGGUUGAUAAGAAAGAGAAAGGUACUCAAGAAUGGGUCCGAGUCACUAAUUUCCCUAUACCUACAACAGAUUUUGUUGUACCUAGCUUAUCAGAUGGUCAAACAUAUGAAUUCAGAGUCAUGGCAGUUAAUGAAGGUGGUAUCAGCAAACCAAGCAAACCAUCCGUUCCUGUAAUGGCUGUAAGGAAAAUGUAUCCUCCACAAGCACCUGAAGCUCCUAAAAUCGAUAAAAUUACCAAAGAUUCUGUUACUUUGUCAUGGCAAAAACCAGAUGAUGGUGGAAGCAAAAUUUUGGGGUACUAUAUUGAAAAGAGGAUGAAAGAUGCUAAAGAAUGGGAUAUCAUUAAUAACAUUCUACACAAAUCAACAACAUUCACCGUGCCAGAACUUUUUGAAGGGAAAGAAUACGAAUUUAGAAUUAUUGCAGUCAAUGACAUUGGAGAAAGUCCUCCAAGUGUGCCAAGUGCUAUGGUAUUAGUUGAAGAUCAGCCAGACAAACCAAGAAUUGAUGUUGGAGCUGUCAAAGAUAUAGUUGUGAAAGCUGGAGAAGAAUUUUCUAUUACUGUUCCAUUCACAGGAUUCCCCAAACCUGAUGCUACCUGGACUAAGAAUGACAAAGAUAUUGAUGAAAAUGAUACUAGGAUAUUUACAAAAGUGGGUGAUACUUCUGCUGUACUUGCUGUCACAAAUGCAAAACGUGAUGAUACUGCUACUUUCAAAGUUCAUUUGAAGAAUAAAUCUGGAUUUGAUACAUGUUACUGCAAAGUCACUGUAUUAGAUAAGCCAUCUCCACCUGAAGACGUGCAUGCUGAAGAGAUUGAAGGUGAAUCAUUAACACUUUACUGGCAUGCACCAAAAGAUGAUGGAGGUGCUGAAAUUAACAACUAUGUUGUUGAGAAAAAAGAAGUUGGAACAUUGACAUGGGUCAGAGUAUCCAGUUUUGUUACGAACACAGCAUGUAGAGUAAGAAACUUGACUGUUGGUAAACAAUAUGACUUCCAAGUCAUGGCAGAAAAUAAACAUGGUAUGAGUGAACCAGGAAGGACCAGAGAACCAGUACUUGCAAAACUACCAUUUGAUCCUCCAGGCGCCCCUGGUGCUCCACAAGCAAUUGAUACAUCUGUUGAUUCCAUUACUCUGUCAUGGCACAAGCCUAGAGAAGAUGGCGGCAGUCCAGUAACUGGAUACAUUCUUGAGAAGCGUGAUAAGGGCAAGGACAGAUGGACAGCAGCAUGUCAAACAACAAUUACAGACCAGACUUUCCGUGUUACAGGCUUGAAAGAAAAUCAUGAAUAUGAAUUCAGAGUUGCAGCUGUUAAUGCUGCUGGUCAAGGUCCAUUUAGUUCAUCAUCAGAUGGCAUAUUUGCAAGACCACCACCAUGUUCUCCUAAAAUUGAUGCUGCAUUUAGUAUGCGUGACAUCACAGUUAUGGCUGGUGAAGAGUUCACAAUCCGAGUGCCUUUCAAUGCAUUCCCUGUGCCAACAGCCACAUGGACAAUCAACGGAAAUCCUUUGGUCAAGACAGACAGAGUGUACAGUGAAGUAAAUGUCGCUUUUACUGUUCUAAUAAACAAAAAAGCUAAGAGAGAUGAUUCUGGAAACUACACUCUUGUACUUAAGAAUCAACAUGGAUCUGAUAAUAGUGCCUGUAGAGUGCUUGUUGUAGAUAAACCUGGGCCACCUGAAGGACCUCUAGAAGCCAGUGAUAUUACACCAGAGACAUGCUCAUUGUCUUGGAAACCACCCAGAGAUGAUGGUGGAAGCCCAAUUACCAACUAUGUGGUUGAAAAACAAGAUGCCAAUUCUAAUGUAUGGGUUAAGCUUAGCAGCUAUGUAAGAGGAUGCCAUUAUGAAGUGAUUGGAUUGGAGCAUAAGAAGAAGUAUCAUUUCCGUGUUCGAGCUGAAAACAAGUAUGGAGUUGGGUCUCCAUUAGAUACAGAUCGUAUGAUAACAGCCAAAUUCUCAUUUGACCCACCUGGGCCACCUGGUACACCAAAUAUCACUGAUUAUGAUGGUAUCAAUGUAAGUUUGUCAUGGGAGGCACCAGUUCAUGAUGGAGGAUCAAGGAUACAAGGUUAUCAAGUCGAAUAUUAUGACAUGGCUGAAGGUAGAUGGAGAGUUGGAAACGAGUACUUGGUGAAAGAAACUCACUUCACAAUUCCCAAUCUAUCUGAAAAUCAUGAUUAUCAGUUCCGCAUUAAAGCAAAGAAUGCUGCAGGUCUUGGAGAAGCCAGUCAACCAACAGCUACAUUUAGAUUAAAGAAGAAAUUCAGUCCUCCAUCGCCACCUGAAAAUGUCAUGGUUGGCAAAGUUGGUCGUAGCUAUAUUGAACUUAGAUGGGAAAAACCUCGCAAUGACGGAGGAAGCAAGAUCACUGGUUACAUUGUGGAGCGCAGAGAAGCUGGCACUAAUUUCUGGUUUAAGGCAAAUGAUUUCCCUUGUGCUGAUUGCCAUUACACUGUUAUGAAUUUGAUGGAAAAUUCGGAAUUUGAAUUUAGAGUAUUUGCUGUUAAUGCAGCUGGAAAGAGCGAACCUAGUGCUUGCACUAAUCCUGUUAAGGUGUGCGAAGUGGCAGAUGGGCAAAAGCCUGAAUUUGUCAGGAAACUUUUGAACAAAAGUGUUGCUCUUAAUAAGCAUGUCAUCUUUGACUGUGAAGCUGUGGGUAAACCAGCUCCUACAGCUAGAUGGUUCAAGAAUGGACGUGAAAUUCACUCUGGAGGUCGUAUAUUAUUGACUGAAGGAAAAGACGGAGAAUUCAAGCUUACAAUCACUGAAGUUUGGGAUACUGACGAAGGAGAAUAUGCUUGUGUCGUUAGUAACUCCUUAGGAUCUGACAAGUGCCUUGCUCGCAUGGUUAUUGCAGUUGCUCCUCGAAUUGAUAGGUGUCCUACUGAAGUUUACUUCCCUGAGAAGGACAAUGGCAAGGUCAAAAUCUAUUUCUCUGGCACUUCACCUUUUGAUGUUUUAUUAUUCAAAGGAGGAUUUGAAGUAAAAGAAGAUGAUCAUAUCAAAUACACCGUAUUUGAUGAGUAUGUCAUCAUUUAUUGGAAGGAAAUCACCAAGGAUGAUAUGGGAAAAUAUAAACUCACUGUGAAAAAUGAAAGUGGUUCAGCAGAAGCUGAUUUCACGUUGUUCGUAACAGGAUUGCCUGGUCCUCCAAUUGGUCCUCUUGAAGUCAGUGAUAUCACACAACAUACAGCCACUCUUGCCUGGAAAGUACCUGAAUAUGAUGGUGGAUGUAAAAUCACUCAUUAUGUCAUUGAAAGGAAGGAAACUUCACAUGGUCAAUGGGUCAUUGCUGCUAGCUACUGCAAAGAUACAAUUUUCACUGUACAAGGGUUAACCGAAAAUGGCGAAUACUUGUUUAGAGUAAUGGCUGUAAAUGAAAAUGGUCAAAGUGCUCCACUUGAAGGUGUGAACCCAAUAAUUGCAAAACUGCCUUUCGACCCUCCGGGAGCACCAGGAUCACCAAAUGUUGUUGAAGUAGGAGGUGAUUUUGUCAAUCUUUCUUGGACCAAACCAGAGCAUGAUGGUGGUGCUAGAAUUUUGGGUUACUGGAUCGAGAAGCGCGAGUUUGGAACUCAGACAUGGCAGAAGGUUAAUUUGACUCCUUGUCAUGCUACUCAAAUUAACAUCACAAAUCUCAUCGAGGAGAGGCAAUAUGAAUUUAGAGUGUUUGCCUUCAAUGAAGCUGGUAUAGGUCCUUCAGUCACUACAGAAAGACCUGUGAAGAUCCUUGAUCCAAAUGCACCAGUUCCACCAGAAUUCUUAACACCUUUGAAGAAAGUUCUUUCUGAGGAAAACAAAAAUGCACAAUUUACUUGUACUGUUGUUGGAAAUCCAAAACCAAGUAUUACAUGGUACAAGGGUGUACGAGAAAUCUUUGAAGGAACUGGCAAAUAUACAAUUCUUAAAGAAGGAGAUAUUCACACUUUGGUUAUCAAUGAGGUGUUUGGAGAAGAUGCUGAUGAAUACAGUGCCAGAGCAUAUAACAAGGGAGGUGUUAGGACAUCUCGAGCCGAACUGGUGAUCAUGCGCCCACCUCUCAUCAAUGUACCUCCUAGAUUCAGGGAUGUUGCUCAAUUUGAGAAGGGUGAAAAUAUAACCUUGAAAAUACCUUUCAUUGGAUAUCCCAAACCAACUCUGAAAUGGAGCAGAAAUGAAGAAGAAAUAGAAAAAGGUGGACAUUAUGACAUCGUAGUAGGAGACAGACAUGCUGUUCUUAUUAUUCGCGAUGUCAAUAGUGAUGAUAAUGGACCUUACCGCUUGUAUGCAGAAAAUGAACUUGGAUCAGACUCAGCUAUUAUCAAAAUCAAAAUAAGUGAUCGCCCAGACAAACCAAAAGAUGUGAAAGCUGAUCGUGCAACUGAUGACUCAGUUGUACUUUCUUGGAAAGCUCCUGCUUGGGAUGGUGGCUGUGCAAUUCACAAUUAUCUAAUUGAGAGACAGGAAUCUCCAAUGACUAGUUGGGUUCGUUGUGGAAACACUAGGUUAACCCUUCACCAAGUCACUGGCCUUAAUCCCAACAAAGAAUAUCGAUUCAGGGUAUAUGCUGAAAAUAUGUUUGGAAGGAGUGAUCCAAGUGACACUUCUGCUCCUAUUAUGACUCAACAAUCUAAGAAAGAGCGUGCCAAGCGAAAACAGGUUGAUGCCCAAGGCAAAAAGAUUCGAGGAAGAUCUGAAGGCACUAUUUCUAAUUAUGACCAAUUUGUUUUUGAUAUUGAUAAAUACAUUCCUCAACCUGUUGGCAUUAAAACUUCCAGUGUGUAUGAUUAUUAUGACAUUCUGGAAGAAAUUGGAGUAGGAGCAUUUGGAGUUGUUCACCGAUGUAGGGAACGCUCAACCGGACGUGUAUUCGCAGCAAAAUUCAUACCAGUUUCUCAUCCUAUGGAGAAGACCAUGAUUAAACGAGAAAUCGAUAUAAUGAAUCAGCUCCAUCAUCCCAAACUCAUUCGACUUCAUGAUGCCUUUGAAGAAGAUGAUGAAAUGAUCCUUAUCUAUGAAUUCAUGUCUGGCGGCGAGUUGUUUGAACGCAUUACUUCAGAUGGUUACACCAUGUCUGAAGCAGAAGUCAUCAAUUACAUGAGGCAGAUAUGCGAAGCUGUAAAACAUAUGCAUGAAAAGAAUAUUAUCCACUUAGAUCUCAAGCCUGAGAAUAUAAUGUGCCAAAUGAAAAAUAGCAAUAAUAUUAAGGUUAUUGACUUUGGUUUGGCUACUAAGUUAGAUCCAAAUGAGCCAGUUAAAAUAUCCACAGGAACCGCUGAAUUUGCUGCUCCUGAAAUUGUUGAAAGGGAGCCAGUUGGUUUUUACACUGACAUGUGGGCUGUUGGUGUGUUAGCAUAUGUGCUAUUGAGUGGUUUAUCUCCAUUUUCUGGUGAGAAUGACGUGGAAACUUUGAAGAAUGUCCGAGCUUGUGACUGGGAUUUUGAUGAAGAUGCUUUCGCCAAUAUCUCAGCUCAGGCAAAGGAUUUCAUUCGUAAACUUCUGCAGAGGAGCAAAGAUAAGCGUAUGACAGCUCACGAAUGUCUUGAGCAUCCAUGGCUGAAGGGUGAGGCUGAUGCUACUGCUAUUAUUGAAAGGAGCAGGUACAUCAAAUUCAGGGACAGCAUUCGUGCUCGUUAUGGAGACUAUUGGUUCUCAUGUGUCAUUCCUUUGGGUCAUAUUUCCAAUUACAGCUGUUUGCGAAAAUUGCAAGAAGAGCGUUUCAAGAUCCGAGAAUUUUAUUUUGAUCGCAGGCAAGCUGCUCCAAGGUUCGUUAUCAGGCCUCAAAGUACCUUUGUAUAUGAAGGUCAAGCAGCCAAGUUCUUCUGCCGCAUUAUUGCAGCUUUCCCAGCUACUAUUUCAUGGCAUCGUGAUAAUUAUGAACUGAAGCAGAGUGUAAAGUACAUGAAACGCUAUGAAGAUGAUAAUUAUUAUUUUAUUAUAAAUCGCUGCAAAGCAGAGGACCGGGGAGAAUAUAUUAUUCGAGCUGAGAACAGUUAUGGAUUUAGGGAAGAACCAGUAUUCCUUAAUGUCCAAGCUAUUCCAAGAGAUAUACCACAUGUACAAUUGGAUGAACCAGUAAGAAAGAGAUACCCUCAGCCCAAAUUAUGGCAAGAACCUGCUGACAGUGCUCCAUGCUUUACAUUCCAACUCAGGCCUAGAUGUAUGCAGACUGGAUCUGUGUGCAAACUGCUGUGUUGCUUGACUGGAAAGCCCACACCUACGGUUAAAUGGUUCAAAGAUGGAAAAGAAUUAAAUAAGUUCGAGUACAAUGCCACUCAUGCUGAUGGUGUUGUUACUAUUGAAAUUGUGGGCUGCACAGUUGAAGAUACUGGAAAGUACAGCUGCAGAGCAACAAAUUCACUGGGAGAAGAUGAAACAUGGUGUCAUGUCGAAGUAGAAGAUCGAAAGGUUCCAAAAAUAAAUGCACCACUCAUUGUUACACCAGCACCUUCACCACUUCCUGGGCAAAAAUCUUCAUAUCGAGCUGCAUAUUCACCAAUGAGAGACACUUCCUAUAGAGAUUCAUCAGUCUCUCGAACUGGUGGUUAUAGCAGCAGUACCAACAAAUACAGUUCGGAUUAUUCUUCAAAAUAUUCCAGCAAGUACAGCUCGGAUUACAAAUCAUCCUCUUCAUAUUCAUCAUCGAGCCGACAGGUGCAAUCAUCUUCUUACAGCAGCUCAUCCACAACUAAAAAAGGAAGUGAUUACACAUCCUCGAGUACUUAUUCUUCAUCCAGGCUUUCCCCAUCACGUCACUACUCCCCUCCAAGGUCAUCACCAGCUCCUUCGGGAACAAAGAGAGUACAAAAGCCAUAUGGAAAGAAAACAACUGCAGAAGGUACAAGCCCUGUCAGAUCGAGGACAUCAACAAGGGAGUUAGAAAUUCCAGAUGAUUCUACAAUGGCAGCUCCCACAUUCACCGAAGGUCUAAAAGAUCUUAAAAUAAAAGAUGGCGAUCCUUUGACUUUGAAGGUUGUGGUUACAGGUGAUCCUGAUCCCCAGAUUGAAUGGUUUAAGAAUGAUGAGCAACUUCAUUCAUCUGAUAUCAUUGACCUGAAGUACAAGAAUAAAGUUGCUACACUAUCGAUCGGCGAAGUGUUCCCAGAAGAUGAAGGAACAUAUGUUUGCAAGGCAACCAAUUCAUUGGGAUCAGUCUCCACAUCUGGAAAAUUAACAGUAUUACCAAUGGAAAAGAAAAAGACUCCUAAAACUGGUUCAGGAAAACCUCCGAGGAUAACAAAACAUUUGAAGAGCCAACAGGUCAAAGAUGGGGAUCCUAUUACUCUUUCGUGCACUGUGAAAUGUGAAUCUACAUUUGAUGCGGUGUGGCUUCACAACGAAAAAGAAAUAAAGAACAGCAAAGACUUCCAGUACAAGACUGAAGGUGAUGAUUAUAAACUGGUAAUUCCAGAGAUAUUCCCAGAAGACAGUGGAAUAUACACUUGCGAAGUCUUCAAUGAUGCUGGAGAAGCAUUCAGCAGUUGUACUCUAGUCGUUUUAGUUCCUAAUGAACCAACCAAAGGACCAGGAUUCGCUAAAUUCCCUGAAUCUCAAACAGUUCAUGAAAAUCAAUCUGUAACCUUCACAGCUGAAUUGGAAAAAGAUGCUGACAAAGUGAAAUGGACAAAAGAUGGCAAAGUUUUAGAUGAAAAGAGCACUCGUCACAAAAUAACAAAAUCCGGCAAGGCAUGUACGCUAACCAUUGAGAAAUGUGCAUCAACUGAUGUUGGCCAAUAUAGCAUUCGAGCACAAAGUUCUUCCUUGGGAGAUGGCAUUGCAACAUUUUCACUCAAUGUUCUCACAGAGAGUGAUUUGUGAUGAGGCAUGGUUCCUGGUUUAAAGGUGUUAUCCACUUUGUCUUCAAUUGUUGGAGGUAGGAAGAUACAAGAGGAAAAAAAUAGUAUUUUCAUCUGUGAACUUAAGUCAGUUUUUCUCUGUUUAUUGUACAGACAUCAUAACAUUGUCCUCGUGUUUGUGUGUGUGUCUCUGUGUGAGAGAGUUUGCGAAAAAUUCGUGGUUAAAACUUUAAGCUUCAACUAGUGACUACAAAAAUUGAUUGCCAUCCAAAGAAAAUUGAUAUUAUUACUUACUGAUCAGCUAACUGCAAAUAUUGCUUAUUUCAAUCCAUUCAUGAACUAUUUGCAAUAUUUCUAAUUAAAAUGAUUGUGCAGCCUUUGUAAAAUAUGAUGUUAGUUUUUAAGUAAUGCUUUAAUGACUUCACGUGUGUUUUUGGUUUAAACACGUAAUUUGAGAGAAUUUGCUGAAUUGCAUUUUCAUACUUAUGAGCACCCUCUUUAUCAUAUGUAUCAUCAUUUCAAAAUAUUUUUUGAAGAAGUGAUAUUCUUGUUCAAGAGAUAAGUAUGGACAUGCAAUUUUGUAUCAAUGAAGUCUUAUCAACUAACGCUGCACAUUUCAUUUUCAUUUGACAACAGAGGGAACAUAAGCUUUGCUUUGGAAAAUCAAAUUAUUUGUUAAAAAUUCAUGUAGAAUGCAAUUAAUAGCUGUUUCAGAGAUGUGUUGUUAUUGUGAAUAAAAUUAAGUAUAUUA